AGGCCGCGAUGAGACCAGCUUCAUGGAGGACGUGCACCACCCAGUUCUUGUCUCCGAGCCACCAGCCAGCUGUGCGGCUGGGCAGGGCACGAUCCGUGGCUGUCGCCACAUACUUGUCUCCGUACGCCCCGUCGAUCCGUCGGCAUAGGAACGGGGUGACGAGUGCGCACGCCGUGUGCGGCUCCAAAGCUUGUAGGGUGGGGACGGAAGCGCACAACUGUCGAUCUGUUCCUAGCUGGCUGCAGGUGGAUCAUGGAUCAACGGACAGACCGCGCCAAACAACAUGGUCGCGAAAUGCUCGCGUGCCUCGGCCGUCGCGUACACACAGCGAGGCGGGCGAUGCUUGCGAGCAUGCCGAGAUCAAGCAUGAUUGUUUGCAUGCGUUUAUCCAGUUUCUUUGUCCCCCUCCAGCGGAGGGGCGGAGGAGCGGAGGCGGAGGCGGAGGCGAUGCACGCAGGGUGUCCGGACAUCUGGACCCUGCGCACCGUUAGAGUGUCCGGGUUUGCCGUGUGCAGGGGAUCCGGGGGACGCGAAAAGACGCGCAGCUCGGCACAGCGCUUUCGUGUGCGUGUGAUUGGCGUGAUUGGGAGGAGCCGAGCAAGCCGACGCCGACAAGUGACUCGACAAGAGGGCAUGUCUAUUCCGGGCUUUGGGCUGCACUGCGCGUCCAGAAGCGCCGCAACCGCGCUGCGUGAUCGGUGUCAUGCGCCACGACGCGCAGUUCCAUCUGCAGCUUUACACAGCAACGAGCGUCUUGUUGUGCAUUGUGCAGCGCUGCAGCUCUGCAGACGCGACCGCGCGCGACCGCGUUGGCGGCUCCUGCUCGGGUCCGAAUUGAGUUUGGGUGGUGCCGUGUGAGCCGUGGGCCGUGUUCCGAAUGUGCCGGUGUCGUACCUGUUUCGCAUGGCAUGUGAGAGAAUGGCCCGGGGGGGUGCAGGCCGCGGGCCGCGGGCCGGGACUUGGGUGGUGUGCCGCAGGCGCCGCCGUCAGCUUGUCUUG